CAGCUCUGCUCCUAUUGGACGAAGGUGAAGUCAGCUGCUGCAGCUAGGAUGCACGUGCUGCUCCGCGCAUUUGAAGAUCAAGAUGGCAGCCUCCGUAUGUCGGUGCUACGAGCUGGUUGGCAGACGUGCCUUGGCCCUCUGCUCGCGGCCUCUAGUCUCCUCAGCAUGGAGAGGAGAGAGGUUGGAUGGGAGCCCAGCGGCAGCUGUGCAGGUGCGAUAUGCUUCAGGACGUAAAGGUUUCCUGGGAGAGUUUGUGGAAAACCUGCGUCAGGAGUUUAGUAAGGAUCAGGAGAUGAAAGACAACAUAAAGAAGUUCAGAGAAGAGGCCAAGAAGCUUGAGGAGUCUGAUGCUCUCCAACAAGCCCGCAGGAAAUAUAAAUCUAUAGAGGCUGAGACAGUGAAGACUUCAGAGAUACUUAAGAAGACCUUUGGCUCCCUGUCAGACACCGUCAAGGGGGGUCUUGAGGAGGUGAGUCGCACUGACAUCGGGAAGAAGAUCAAGGAAGGUGUGGAGGAGGCAGCCAGGACAGCCAUCCACUCUGCUGAGUCUGUGUCCAAAGGAGGAGAAAAACUGGGCCGAACCAGCGCAUUCAAGGCCAUCUCACAGAGCGUGGAGACCAUGAAGAAGGAGAUUGAUGUUGGUGAGUCCGGCCCUUACAGAGCUCCCUCUCAGCUAAGGAAGCGAAGCGAUUUCUCCUCCAAAGGAGCUGACAGUGACUCCAGAGUGUUCGAGGCCAACGAAGAGGCUAUGGGCGUCGUUCUCCACAAAGAUUCAAAGUGGUUCCAGCAGUGGAAGGACUUCAAGGACAAUAACGUAGUUUUUAACAGGUUCUUUGAGAUGAAGAUGAAAUAUGAUGAAAGUGACAACGCCCUCAUCAGAGCGUCCAGAGCUGUGACUGACAGAGUCACUGACUUCCUCGGUGGUCUUUUCUCUAAGACAGAAAUGUCCGAGGUGCUGACAGAGAUCGUGAAGGCAGACCCCACCUUUGACAAAGACUCUUUUCUCAAACAGUGUGAGAAAGACAUCAUCCCUAACAUACUGGAGGCUAUGAUCAGAGGAGAGCUGGAUGUAUUGAAAGACUGGUGCUAUGAAGCUACAUACAGUCAGCUUGCUCACCCCAUCCAGCAGGCCAGAGCGCUGGGGCUGCUCUUCCAGUCCAAAAUCCUUGACAUUGAUAACAUCGAUCUAGCAAUGGGUAAGAUGAUGGACCAGGGCCCAGUGCUGAUCAUCACCUUCCAGGCUCAGGUCGUCAUGGUAAUCCGCAGCCCCAAAGGAGACAUUGUGGAAGGAGAUCCGGGGAAGGUGAUGAGGAUGAUGUAUGUUUGGGCGUUGUGUCGUGACCAGGAGGAGCUGAACCCCAACGCAGCCUGGAGACUCCUGGACAUCUCCGCCUCCAGCACGGAGCAGGUCCUCUAGGAGGAGGAGGAGGAGGAGGAACACAGGUGAAAAGGUUGAUAUGGGGCACAUAAACUGUGAAGAAGGGCAGAAGAUGCGAGGAUGUGUCUGGAACACCUGCACGUAUUGACUUACACAUGUAUAUACAUUGACUUCUGAUGGCAAAGUGCACCUGUGCUCCUGUGUUUCGCCAGAGACUGUAUUUGCACACACUCACAUUUCCAAUUGCUACCCACAGGAUUUAUGUACAUUUGUAGAUAUUCAUCCACUCUAAGGUAAAUACACAUGAACAUAGAGAUAAUCUACCGACAUGAUGUAUCCAUAGAAUAUAUAUGGUGCGUCCACCAAUAUGUGUGUGUGUAGUCUUUUGCACUGGUUAGCUCAGUGUUUGGAUUUCCAGUUGGAGUGUGCCUAUAGAGCAUUUACAUUCAUGAAUGGAUGGAACGUUUUCACCAACCGGCAAAAAGAGGAGCCUGUGCCAUUUCUCCCAUUGUUUCAUCCAGUGGUGCAGUCCGUCCGUAUCAGCCUGAUGGCUCGAUCCAAGAAGAUUGGUGGGGAAAAAAUGGACAUCACGCCUGUGACUUAACCCAUUGGUCCUGAGACUAAAACUGGGUUUGCAGCUCACCACUUUGACUUUGUCAAACAAUGUAAAGAGGAAAUUAACAUUUUGGCAGUAGCAUGGAGUCUCGUUGCAGCAACCAACACAGCUGAGUGGGCCAGCAUGAGAGGCCUUGUUAAUCAAGGCCAGCAGGUCUGUCCCAUACUUCAAGUUGAAGGGGCACUCCAAUUUUAUGAAUGUAGAUGAGUUUACUUGUCGCAUGGAGUCUACUCAGCACAUGAAAACAGUAUAAUAUUGUCUGUGGGACGGAGGGAGUCCUCUUAAAUCCGAUAAAAUUAUCCAGGUCUCAUCAGAGUUACCUCAGAUUGGCCUUGAGACAAGAUUCAGCUGUGGUGUCUGCUUGGUUCCUGCUGGUUUUCACAUAAAAAAAACUCAAAAAUGAAGUACAUGUACAAAAAGUAAGAUGACGUUUGAACCAUAUAAUAUGAUCUGUGUAGAGGGGGCCGUGCUGUUGCAUGUGCUGUAACAACAAAGAAAAUAUACCCUUGUGUUUGUAUUGGCAUUGACUUACAAAUGCAGCAUAUGUUUUCUCAAGUUGCAGUGCAUCGGGCUCCCAGUCACACCCUCAAUAAGAAGAUAUGUAUCUAUAUCACUUUGCUCUUUGUAAAUGUAUUAACUGUCGAGUACUGCUUCUUUGUAAGCUUGGGUGGGACCACAGUCAAAUAUGUCAUCAUGGCAGCUUUGUUGUUCGAGGAUGAUUCGCCAUCUCAUGUUGCACAUUGUUCAGCUGUGCUAAAAUGUUUGGUUUACUUUUAUGUAUGUGGCUUUUCAAGCGAUGGGUGCUGAAGAAUGAAUAAUUGCAUUCCUGUACUGUUAUGUUGACUCUAUUUAACAUUUAUUCUGUGUGUCCAAGAGGGUCUCCACUCACAUACCACUGAAGAUUGAUCACAUUAUCAUUGUACUGUAACAACCAUACUUGGGAAGAGCAGUUGAGUUUCAGAUGAAUAUGUGACAGUCCGUUUUUGUUGGUAUGACAGUUGUCGUUCAUGGCCAAAGCAUGUGAGGUGAUCUGUUACUAACCAGAGUUCAUGGCUACCCCUGAAUGUCACACCAAACUCCAGUAACAUGUCUAUGUCAUGAGUCCCUGGUGUGUUCUGAUGAUACAAUAUUCAUCACAUGCUUGAUUUUUAGAAACAGCAUUUAGUAGUAAAAAAUUCCCCUGCCUGUUUUUCUUUCACUCCCGGAGGUGAAAAAUAAAACCAUGAAAUUUUCCGAUCUUGUUCUCGUGACCCAGAGGACAAACUCUUUCCAUGUUAAACUUGCGCCACUAUCAGCCAAAAUGCCACCUUUGCACACAAAAUACUGUUUCUCAUUCAAAAUUAAGAUUGCCAAGAUGUUCAAGGGGACGAGUCUUUUUGAUUUGGUGACCAUAUGGCCUUUCUACCAGUGUUCAUUAUGCAACACUUUAACAUUAUGGGUUGUAAUGAACAUUAGACAGCCAUUACAGUCCAGUUGCAGGACUUAACUGUUUUAGUGUUGGUGUCUUAUUGUGUAAAUUAAUUAAAGGCACAAGUGGUCUGGUCCAGCUGUUAAACUGUGUGAGAAUUCUGUACAUGAACAAAUCUGUUAAUGUGUAAAAUGUUUUUCUUUUUGCUCAGAAUAAAGAUAAAUUCUUCAGA